UUUUGAGCGAUUCAGCUAUUUUCCUGUUUCAAAAAUAAAAAGGGCCCAUGGCUGUCAAAGUCAUCAUGACAAGGCCCAGCAGUGCAUUAACUGACAUACAUCAGAUAAUGUCGUUAUUACUGGGACAAAUGCAACAUUCCGAUCAGUCGGAAACUUUGAAUGAGCGAUAUCAAAGAGUCGAUUAGGAUUUAGGGAUAACUACUGGAUGGGCUAUCAAAGGUCUAGUCACGUGAUUAUAUAUCACGUGACAAGAGCACCCCUGUCCAAAAUUUCCACCUCAUCUGUAACUGUGUAUCCAAAAGGACUGAAUUAGACAAGAUGACCAGAUAAUCCCACACCACGAUGUUAAUACAAAGAAUAUCACGGCAGAAAUGCCUACGGCAAGCUGCCGCCCAGUUUAAAAAAAUCACCUGGACAAGUCCAACCCAAGCUCGACAACUUCACCAUGUCCCGGUUCUAGACCAUGAAGCAGCCCUUCGCGAAAAUGGAAUACCGGGACUUCUAUCACCAGGAGCGUUUGAUAUGGCGUGGACAGAAUAUCAAGGGUCAAUGAUUGAGAAGCUGUCUGCAAUCACGGCUGGUACAACUCGAGAGCAUAUGUCGGUGCACGAUAUCACCCUCGAAACCGCCCGUGACCCUCUGAUGGCCAACACCUUCAACUACGCCUCCAUGGCCUGGAACAACCACUUUUUCUUCAACGGCAUGUUCACUGACCCGAACCCGGACGCCAAUCGCCCCCUUCCCAACAGCACCCUCCACGCACUCCUCACCCGCCGCUUCUCCAGCCUCGACACCCUGCGCGCCGAGUUCCUCUCCACCGCCCGCGCCACCUUCGGCCCAGCCUUCGUCUGGCUUGUUUACCACCCCAUCACCCGCAAGCAGAACACCCAGUUCUCCAUCCUGACCACCUACCUUGCCGGCAGCCCGCACAGCGGCGCGCAUUGGCGCGUGCAGAGCGAGGACAUGAACACGCAGAACGUCGGGAGUGCGCGCGCGCAGGGGCUGGGUGAGUUCAGCGCGGCAGCGAUGGCGGCAAGACAGCAGAUGGGGUCGACCGGGGCCCCGGGGAUUGCGGGGUCGAGCGCGAAUGCUGGGUGGUGGAGCCAGAGCGAGGCGCGGGGAAGGAAGGUGGCGUUGGGAGGGAUCGACUCGACGCCGUUGUUGUGCGUGAACACAUGGGAGCAUGUGUGGAUGUGGGAUUGGGGGGUGAGGAAUAAGGGAAAGUUCUUGGAGGCGUGGUGGGAUCGGAUUGAUUGGGAGAAGGUGUCGCAGAGGAUGUCGUUGCCGGAGCCGAGCCGGGUGGGGGAAACGCAGGCGGGAAUGGAUCGGGUAUUUGAUAGUGAGUUCGGUAAGCGGGCUGCAUAGAUUCGGGAAUUUGGGCAGGUGUGCA